CUUGGUGAUGGUGCCCUUGACCCAUAUGCACGUGCAGGGACCAACAGGCAACGUUCUUGGUGCCACCUUGGUUUGCCCGUUACCUUCUGCCCACUCCUUUCCUCCCCGGGACCACUUGUUGAUGCUGCCGCAAAGUCUGAUCUAAGAAAUGGCAAUAUUGUGCCCUAAAUGUGCUGGCUUUCCCUUCCCAUUGUACUUUAAAGAUCAUGGGUAAUUUUAGUAAGGACAAAGUAGUAAAAGGACAACCAGAAGAAUGCUGAAUGGUCACAACCCCAGUGGCAGAUAUAAUGUCUUUUUGAUGAACAUUGAUCUAGGGUAUACUUCAGGGAAAGUACAGUAUUACAAGGACUUCGAGAGAGAACAUUAUGACCAGCACCUGUAAUUCUUGCCUAUAUUCACAAGAACUGAAUGUCCUCAUGUGCUGACUUCUGCACUGCAUUGCUAAUGUUAAGUAAGAGAAUGGAUGGGAAACAAAUGGUAGCACUUGGGGACAUUUUUCUUUCUUCUCUAAAGAAAAAAAUGGCAAAUGGUGGUGUGAAUACAACUUGCCACAGAACAUAAAAGCAUAAGAGUUCCAGCUGUUUGAGGUGAAAAAAAUAAGCUGAUUUUUCUUUAAAUUGUAAAAAUUAGCUCCAGGUUCUCUCUGGAGCUUAAAGAAAAAAAGCUUUGAGAAAUGGGAGUGAAUUGCAAGAUAGGGUUUGUGUAACAAGUUCCUCAAACCACAGAGGUCACAUGGGCUCUUUCUGCUUUGCUACUUUUGAUUACUUGUCAGAGUUGUACUUUUAGCUUCCCCCAUCCUGCAAGGCCACUCAACCAUGUGCUAGCUGGAGUGAUCUUUAUUCACAAUGUCUUUACAAAGGCUCCUGCAACACAGCAGCAAUGGCAAUUUGGCGGACUUCUGCGCUGGGCCAGCGUAUAGCUCUUACUCCACACUCACAGGCAGCCUUACGAUGGACGAUAAUAGAAGGAUUCAAAUGCUGGCAGACACAGUGGCUACUCUGCCUCGGGGACGAAAGCAGCUUGCUUUGACCAGAUCAAGUUCUUUAAGUGACUUUUCCUGGUCUCAAAGAAAGCUUGUUACUGUGGAGAAGCAGGAUAAUGAAACAUUUGGAUUUGAAAUUCAGUCUUACAGGCCCCAGAAUCAGAAUGCCUGCUCCUCGGAAAUGUUCACUUUGAUAUGCAAAAUACAGGAGGACAGCCCAGCUCACUGUGCUGGCCUGCAAGCUGGUGAUGUCCUUGCAAAUAUCAAUGGUGUGAGCACAGAAGGUUUUACCCACAAACAAGUCGUUGACCUGAUCAGAUCGUCUGGAAACCUGCUAACGAUAGAGACUCUUAGCGGAACAAUGAUUCUGCAAAGAACGGAGCUUGAAGCAAAGCUGCAGGUUUUAAAGCAAACCUUGAAACAAAAAUGGGUGGAGUACAGAUCUCUGCAGUUACAGGAACAUCGUCUGCUUCAUGGUGAUGCAGCUAACUGCCCCAGUUUGGAAAACAUGGACUUGGAUGAAUUGUCUUUGUUCGGACCCCUGCCUGGGUCAGGCCCAGCCCUGGUGGACCGGAACCGAUUAUCCAGUGAGAGCAGCUGUAAGAGCUGGCUGAGCUCCAUGACGAUGGACAGUGAAGAUGGCUACCAGACGUGUGUGUCUGAGGACUCCAGCAGGGGUGCCUUCAGUCGGCAGACGAGCACAGAUGAUGAGUGCUUUAUCCCCAAGGAGGGGGAUGAUUUUCUGAGGAGGUCAUCUUCAAGGAGGAACCGGAGCAUCAGUAACACCAGCAGCGGAUCCAUGUCUCCCUUGUGGGAGGGCAACUUAUCGAGCAUGUUUGGGACCCUGCCCCGGAAGAGCAGAAAGGGAAGUGUCCGAAAGCAACUCUUGAAAUUUAUCCCUGGCCUUCAUCGUGCUGUGGAAGAGGAAGAAAGUCGCUUUUGACGGAUUGUGGUGUCUUUUCAAAUUAGCUUAUUUCACAAAUAUCUCUAGACUCACCCAGAUCCCAGCUUGGUGGGAAAGUGCAGAAGAAUUGCAAAACUGACAUCCCAUUUCACAGCAAUAGUGACCUUUAUUUAAGUUGUUGUGUCAUAGUUUUUGCUUCUUAAAUCAUUUUUCAACCUAAACAGCUCAAUUUCUAAGCAGAUGGAAACUAAAUAAUAAGUUAAUUAAUAUAACAAAGAUGCAAGUGCCUGCACAUUCCAGUACUGUCUUUGAAAGCAGAACUAAUAUUUAUUUUCUAGAUUAUCCCUGUGAUUAAUUGAGAACUUUUUGGAGUCAAGUAUGAAUAAAGAUGUGGCAGAAUAUAAUAAUCUGGACUAUUUUCUAUAGGAUAAUUGGUAGGUUAUAAAAUCUUAGGUUUGCUUAUGCCCAGUAGCUCCUGGGGAGGCUUAAUAAUAGGCAAUUUUGAAUUUGUUCAAACCUGUAACGGCUUGUAAACGAAGAUGACCAUCAGCCCUUUCUCACAUUUAUAGUGACAAUAAAGCAGGAAGUAUCAGAUUUAAUAGGAGGGGUUAAGGUUCAUGAGAACCAUGGAAAGAUGUGGUCUGAGAUGGGUGCUGCAAAGAUCAUAAUAAAGUCAUUUUUAUAGUCAGUCUAAACAAAAUGGGUGGGGAUGUCAUGUUUUUUGCCCAAUUCAACUUUUGUUCUGCCAGAACAUUAAUGGCAAGUCUAGAACUCUCCCAAUCCUACAGCUUUGUAAUUUUUUUUUCUACAAAUGUCUAACAUCCAAAAUGUGAGAGUUGGGAGAAGGACUUUCCUCUUGUAGUUUUUUUCAUAUUACUUCUCACUUUAUAUCAUAUAUUCUAAAUAGCCUUCACCUCAGCAGUCUUUUGCCUAUUGCUUAUGUUAGUAUCACAUUACUUCUAGCCUUUCAAUUACUCCAUGUUUUAUUUAAUAGCCAUCAAAGUCUAUGAAUUCUCUGUUCUGGUGGCACAGCUGUUCAUUACCUAUAUUCUGGAGUAGACAAUAUGGACUAUGUAAUAAAUAGUCUGCUGACUUUAA